AAGCAGCCGGUAUAAUAAUCUACACACAAACGCGAUACCCACUACCCAGUAGUGGUAAAGAGAGGUUGUAGAUGCAGAGAUUCACACUUCAUAGAGAGGGAGAAAGCGCUAAAAAAUCGGCCGAGUAUUUUUUGAGCUAAAGAAGCAGAAGCAGAAGCCAGAGAUGUCGGAUUUAGAUAGGCAAAUAGAGCAGCUAAAGAAAUGCGAGCCCUUGAAAGAGUCGGAGGUCAAGGCUCUUUGUCUCAAAGCCAUGGAGAUUCUCGUUGAAGAGAGCAACGUUCAACGUGUUGAUGCCCCUGUCACUAUAUGUGGUGACAUUCAUGGACAGUUCUAUGACAUGAAAGAGCUUUUCAAAGUUGGAGGUGACUGCCCAAAGACCAAUUAUUUGUUUCUUGGAGAUUUUGUUGACAGAGGGUUUUACUCUGUCGAGACAUUUCUGCUUCUACUUGCCCUAAAGGUGAGAUAUCCAGAUCGGAUAACACUCAUUAGAGGGAACCAUGAAAGUCGUCAGAUCACACAGGUAUAUGGGUUCUAUGAUGAGUGCCUACGUAAAUAUGGUUCUGUGAAUGUCUGGAGAUAUUGCACUGAUAUUUUUGACUACUUAAGUCUGUCAGCUCUCAUAGAGAAUAAAAUUUUUAGUGUUCAUGGUGGUCUCUCUCCUGCCAUAUCAACGCUGGAUCAGAUUCGAAUGAUUGAUCGAAAACAAGAAGUACCUCAUGAUGGUGCAAUGUGUGAUCUCCUGUGGUCAGAUCCUGAAGAUAUUGUGGAUACUUGGGGUUUGAGUCCUCGUGGUGCUGGUUUCCUAUUUGGUGGCAGUGUUGUUACUUCUUUCAACCAUUCAAACAACAUUGACUAUAUAUGUCGGGCUCAUCAGUUGGUAAUGGAGGGAUAUAAAUGGAUGUUCAACAACCAGAUAGUGACAGUCUGGUCUGCUCCAAAUUACUGUUAUAGAUGUGGCAACGUAGCUGCAAUUCUUGAGCUGGAUGAAAAUCUCAACAAGCAGUUUCGUGUAUUUGAUGCUGCACCACAGGAAUCUAGAGGGGCUCCUGCCAAAAAGCCUGCACCAGAUUACUUUCUAUGAAGGUUGAAGUUUCUUUUUAAAUCUGUUGUAACACAAUAUCCCUUUGCUGGAGAACAAGAUUUGCUGCCACAUGGUAAGGAUCUCGUCAUACAAAAAGAAUCGGUGGUAAGCUAUCAAUGCAUCAGCUCUCGAAAUGACCAGCAAGAAUUGUACUUUCCUAUUUUUGAUCGGUUUGGAUUGUCGAGUUUGCCUGUGUUACCAUUCGUUGAUGUUUGCAUGUAGUAGUAGUGUGUAGUAUGUAAGUUAAUCACAAAAUACAGAACACUAUACAUGUUCUCCAGAACAGAAUGAGAGAGCAAGCGAGGGAUUUUACCGGAGGAAGCUUUGCUUUCAACUAUAUGGGAAGUAUGAAUACGAUUGGAUUUGGGUUUGGGAAACUGGAGAUGGAAAUUAUUAAACCAUGAUUCUUACAAAAGUUUUGGCUUCUCUUUUUCA